AUGGAAAGAGUGUUGUUUGAACACUUGGGAUCUUUCCAGCGUAUUGUUUCAACACUUGGGAUCUCGUGGAGAUGGAGGCAGCUGUUGAGUGGAGGUGUUAUUAGAAGUAGCUCUGGCAUUUUUGUGGCUGCUUUAUCUAAUUUUUAUGGCUCUAAUUCCAUUACCUUUGCUAAGAUGAUGGUUAUAUGUGAAGGUAUAAAUCUUGCUGCUUGCUUAGGGCUCUCAAACCUGCUUGUCGAAUCUGAUUCAUUAAUUGUUAUUAACAUUCUUUCUGAGAGCAUGAGUUGCCCUUGGAAUCUGAUCUACUUGAAGAGAGCUAUAGCCAAAAAUUAUAUGUCGUUGGAUAUCAGCUUCAAACAUGUAUACAGGGAGCUCAAUGGUGCUGCUCUUGGCUUUCAAAGCUUCCAAUAG